UCCCGUGAGCAUCCCCCAAGUAUCUCGGUGAGCAAACGGCGAGCGACCCCCGAGCACCCGCGGACAUCCCGGGCAGCAGACCGAAGCACAUACCCUCAACAUCCCCCGAGCACCUCGGAGCUUCCUGACUCACCCGGACACCCUCCACCACCUCCCUGUGCCAGGCACAGCUCCAGCAUGAACCGUGGGGUACCUGAGCCUGUCCUCCACUUGCCCUGAGCCCUCUGCACCUGUGCUGCCGGCAGGGAGCCUCAUCCCCGGCCAUGGAGAAGACCUACUCCUUGACAGCGCACUAUGAUGAGUUUCAGGAGGUGAAGUAUGUGAGCAAGUACCAGAGCGGCACCCUGCCCAAUGGCUUCGCCCUCCAGCUGGGCACAGGGGCCAAGAAGCGCCGCGGGGGGCUGCCUCGCUGGAGCCGCCGGGAGGUCUGUUUGCUCUCAGGGCUGGUGUUCGCUGCAGGUCUCUGCGUCAUCUUGACGUGCAUGUUGGUCCUCAAGUACCUGGCGGCUGAAGGGGACAGCUACUGCCUGGAGGGGUGCCAGGAGAAGAAGGCCUUCCUGCGGGCGUCCCGCUUCCUCAGCGCCAACAUGGAUGCUACCAUCGACCCUUGCCAGGACUUCUACUCCUUCGCCUGCGGUGGCUGGCUCCGGCGGCACGGCAUCCCUGAGGACAAGCUGGUGUAUGGCACCAUCGGGGCCAUCGCCGAGCAGAAUGAGGCGAAGCUGCGGGCGCUGCUGAGCCGCCCUGUGCGGCGCCGAGCCCCUGCCUCAGCUGAGAGGAAGGUCAAGGAGUUUUUCCGCUCGUGCCUGGACCGGGCUGAGAUCGACCGGCUUGGCCCCCGGCCCAUGCUGGAGGUCAUCGCGGAGUGUGGCGGCUGGGACGCCCCUCCAGACCGUGGGGACAUCAACGAGCUGCUCUACAAGACGCAGGGGGUCUACAGCGCUGCCGUGCUCUUCUCCCUCACUGUCAGCCUGGACGAAAGGAACACCUCCCGCUACGUCAUCCGGAUCGACCAGGAUGGGCUGACUCUGCCCGAACGGACCCUCUACCUGGGGCAGGAUGAGGAGAGCGAGAAGAUCCUGGCUGCAUACCGGGUGUUCAUGGAGCGACUGCUCACCCUCCUGGGGGCUGAGAAUGUGGAGCAGAAAGCCCAGGAGAUCCUGCAGCUGGAGCAGCACCUCGCCAAUAUCACGGUGUCCGAGUAUGAUGACGUGAGGAGAGAUGUCAGCAGCAUGUACCACAAAGUGACCCUGGGCGAGCUGCAGCGCAUCACCCCCACGCUCAAGUGGAAGCGUUUGCUGGACCGCAUCUUCCACGACAACUUCUCGGAGGAGGAGGAGGUGGUGCUGCUGGCCACCGACUACAUGCACAAGGUGUCCGACCUCAUCCGUGUGACACCCAGCAGGAUCCUUCACAACUACAUGCUGUGGCGCAUCGUGGUGGUGCUGAGUGAGCACCUCUCCACCCCCUUCCGCGACGCCAUCCACGAGCUCUCCAAGGAGAUGGAGGGCAACGAGAAGCAGCUUGAGCCGGGUAAGAUCUGCCUGAGCCAGGCCAACAAGCACUUCGGCAUGGCCCUGGGUGCCCUCUUCGUUGAGGAGCACUUCUCCUCUGCCAGCAAAGCCAAGGUGCAACAGCUGGUGGAGGAUAUCAAAUACAUCCUGGACCACCGCCUGGACGAGCUCGACUGGAUGGACGAGGAGACACGAAGAGCAGCCAGAGCGAAGCUCCGGUACAUGAUGGUGAUGAUCGGGUACCCUGAUUUCCUGCUGAAGCCAGAGGCCAUCGACAAGGAGUAUGAGUUUGAGGUGGAUGAGAAGACCUAUUUCAAGAACAUCCUCAACAGCAUCGCCUUCGGCAUCAGGCUCUCCGUGAAGAAGAUCCGGCAGGAGGUGGACAAGUCUGCGUGGCUGCUGCCUCCCCAGGCACUGAAUGCCUACUACCUGCCCAACAAGAACCAGAUGGUGUUCCCAGCUGGCAUCCUGCAGCCCACCCUCUAUGACCCUGAGUUCCCGCAGUCGCUCAACUAUGGUGGGAUUGGCACCAUCAUUGGGCAUGAGCUGACCCAUGGCUAUGAUGACUGGGGGGGACAGUAUGACCGGCACGGGAACCUGGUGCACUGGUGGACAGAGCGGUCGUACAGCAAGUUCCUGAAGAAGGCGCAGUGUAUCGUCAACCUCUACGACAACUUCACCGUCUACAACCAGCGGGUGAAUGGCAAACACACACUGGGGGAGAACAUCGCUGACAUGGGGGGACUCAAACUCGCCUACUAUGCCUACCAGAAGUGGGUGCGGGAGCACGGACCUGAGCACCCCCUGCACCACAUGAAAUACACACAUGACCAGCUCUUCUUCAUCGCCUUUGCCCAGAACUGGUGCAUCAAGCGGCGGUCCCAGUCCAUCUACCUGCAGGUUCUGACAGACAAGCACGCCCCUGAGCACUACAGGGUCCUGGGCAGUGUCUCACAGUUUGAGGAGUUUGGACGGGUUUUCCACUGUCCCAAGAACUCUCCCAUGAACCCGGUGCACAAGUGCUCAGUGUGGUGAGGCCAAUACCCCUCUGGCAGGCUGGCAGCCUCCAUCCCUGUCUCUGCCUGAGUGAUACCCUAUGCCCACUCCCCACCUUCCCGUCUCCCCCUCCUACUCUCCAGGCAUAAGAGGCACCCCUGGGUGACACAGGGGGUCACCCCAAAGACAAGCACCUACCACAGGGGUAGAGGCAGCAGGGAAACACUUUUGUUGGGCAGCUGCCUCCUGCCCAUCCCCUUCCUACUAAUUGCCCUGUGCACUGGGGUGGCCCUCAGUCCCCAUGGAGGAAUGAGGGCACAUCCAGGCACCCCUGUACCCCAUCUUCUGUCCACCCACCCCAAACCCUUCACCCAGACCUACCCCAUCCAGCCCAGCAUCCGUCAAGGCAGGGAGAGCAAUCCAGAGUCACCAUGGGGCUGCCCCAUGCCAGAAGUCCUGUCUGGCAUCCCCCACGCCAGCCUCAUUCUGCCCCCUCACCAGCCCUGCCAGUGUGGGGUGUACAGUGGCAGAGCUGGGAGCCAGGCAAUGCCAGCCUGCCUGGGAACACAAGACAUCUGCUGUAUUUUUCGCUGCUGU